AUGGAGGGAUCAUUGCCCCAUGGAUGGACCGAACAUAGAGCACCUAGUGGGAUUCCUUACUACUGGAAUGCUGAACUAAAAAAAAGUACUUACAAACGUCCUACCUGGCCUGAUGAACGAGAAAAAGCCUUAAAUAUUGCUCAUGUAAACCAAGAAGAAAAAGUCGAUGCCCAAAAAUCAAUAAGGGAUCAAAGUACUGAAGAAAAACGCAAGUCUGACCGUGAAGUUCGAAAACAAUCUUUUGAUAGGCCAAAAUACAAAAAAUCUAUACCUGGAUCGGACGUUUGGGUAGUCGUUACGACGAAAAGAAGUCGAUAUUUUUUUUACAACACUAAGACUCAUGAAUCAAGUUGGCUGCCCCCGCAGGAACUCAUGGCUGUUAUUUCAACUCUGAGGCUUCCUAAACGAAAGUUGAAAAGUAAGUUUCGAUCGAGUGCCUCAGGAGUGUCUACGAGCGACGGAAAUGAUAAUGGUAUUGUUUCAGGAGAUAGAUUAGAUGAGCAUUCUGAAAGUCUUCGCGAAGAAACAAGCCCUUCUGAACAUGAAGAAGAAGAAGAAGAAGAAGAAGAGGAACGUGUUGAAGAAGAAGUUGUCGAGUCUGAGGAUGAGGAAGAUGAUCAAGAUUUAAGCGAGAAUGAUGAGAAUGAAAAUAUAGAAUUUGGUGAAGAAGAUUUUCUUUUUCAGCUUCAGGAAAUGGAAGGAAUUAACCAGGACGGUGAUUUGCAAGAAAAAGAAGAGCCCGUGAUUGAUCAUGAAACUGCCGUCCAAACUUUUAAACAGCUUUUAGAAGACAAAAGGGUGGAUGUCUACCAAACUUGGGAAUUUACGUAUCCUAAAUUAGUAGAUGAUGAACGAUUUCGGAUUUUGGACUCUGGUCAAGACCGUCGUCAAGUUUUUGAAGACUAUUGCAAAUCUGCUAUAGCAUCGAAGCCAGAUCGCCCGUCAAAAGCAUCCUCUUUAUCAGGAUUUUGGAAUCUUUUACAAAAUUUGCCAAAUAACAUUUUAUGGCCUGAGUUCAAAAGAAAAUAUAGGAAGUCGCCUGUGCUAAAUAUUCCGCGUUUCUCGGAUAGAGAUCUAGAAAAGCUUUUUAGAGAAUUUCAAAUUUUAAGAAAUCGUUCUAUGGAAGAAAGAAUACAUAAUUUCGAGAGUCUUUGCAGAUCUAAGAAAAUCGACCCAAAAAGACCCGAUACUUAUAACGACAAAAUUCUGAACGAUGUACGUUACGCGGUAAUUAACCCUGAAGAGUUACGUUCAUGGUUAGUUAAUAAUUAA